UCGGGCCGAGCGGCGGAAAACAAAGGCGCGCAGGAGCGGAGGGAGGCCGGCCGGCCGAUCCCCGCCUUGCCCUCCCUUCUCGCGCAGAAACACGCCGAGCGGUCGGCCGGUGCCUGCCGGAGGGCAGUCGGGCGAGGAUGGCGAGGAGCCGGGUCCCGGGAUCCCGCUUGGCUGCCGGGAAGCCGCCGGGGACCACGAUCGCCGGGCUCGUCCUGGCGCUCUGGCUCCGCUGCUGCCCCGCGGGGGCUCAGGCGGCUUCCUCCGAAGAUGCCGCCGAGGCGCCGGGGCUCAGCCUCCAGCCGCCCCACUUCAACCUGGCGGAGACGGCCAAGAUUUGGGCGACCGCCACCUGCGGCCAGGACGAAAGCGGCAGAGCCCGCCUGGAGCUUUUCUGCAAGCUGGUGGGGGGACCCGCGGCUUUCCCCGUGGGGCAGGCCAUCCAGGGUCAGUUUUGUGACUAUUGUAACGCUGCUGAUCCCAACAAAGCUCAUCCAAUAAAUAAUGCUAUAGAUGGGACAGAACGCUGGUGGCAAAGUCCUUCCCUCUCUUUAGGUUUGAAGUAUGAUGAAGUUGAUGUUACUCUAGAUCUGGGACAGUUGUUUCAUGUGGCCUAUGUCCUCAUCAAAUUUGCAAAUUCCCCUCGUCCUGAUCUGUGGGUAUUAGAAAGAUCAGUAGACUUCGGAAGAACAUAUACACCGUGGCAAUAUUUUGCUCAUUCUAAGGCUGACUGUUGGGAACGUUUCAGAAAGGAACCAAAUGUUCGUGUUACAAAGGAUGAUGAUGUCAUUUGCACUUCAGAAUAUUCUCGUAUUAUUCCUUUAGAGAAUGGAGAGAUUGUGAUAUCCUUGGUAAAUGGUCGUCCAGGAGCAACUAACUUCACUCACUCCCCAGCACUGAGAGAGUUUACAAAAGCAACAAAUAUCCGUUUACAUUUCCUUAGAACCAAUACGCUUCUUGGUCACUUGAUAUCUAAAGCUCAGAGGGAUCCGACAGUGACACGCAGAUACUAUUACAGUAUAAAAGACAUCAGUGUUGGAGGGCAGUGUGUUUGCCAUGGACAUGCUGAGGUCUGUGAUCCAAAAAAUGACCCUGAUCUGUACAGGUACCAAUGUGAAUGUCAGCACAACACUUGUGGGGAAACCUGUGAUCGUUGUUGCCCUGGAUAUAACCAGAAACAAUGGCAACCUGCAACCACUAACAGUGCAAAUCUCUGUGAACCUUGCAAUUGCCAUGGACAUGCCACUGACUGCUAUUAUGAUCCUGAGGUUGAUCGACGUAAAGAGAGCUUAAAUCUCUAUGGGCAGUAUCAAGGUGGGGGAGUCUGCAUUAACUGUCAGCACAACACAGCUGGUGUAAAUUGUGAGAAAUGUGUGAAGGGUUACUAUCGUCCUUAUGGCAUAUCAGUGAUGACAACACACGGAUGUAUAUCUUGCAGCUGUAAUCCAGAAUAUUCUGAUGGCUGUGAGGAAGGAUCUGGUAGAUGUUACUGCAAACACAAUUAUCAAGGCGAGAGCUGUGACCAGUGUGCAGAGGGAUACUACAGUUUCCCCUUCUGUUACCGGAAUCCUGUUCAUCCCGUUCCUACUCCAAGGCCAGAAGAUCCUUCAGCUGGUCAUAUAGUUGGAGGUGGCUGCAAACCAGGAUUUUUUGGGCCAAAUUGCCUCCCUUGCCAGUGCCGUGGUACAGGAGUGUUGAAUCCUGACUGUGACCAAAAAACAGGUCAAUGCCAAUGUCGUGCAGGAUUCCAAGGAGCCACUUGUGAUAGAUGUGCACUAGGAUAUUUCCAUUACCCUUUCUGUCAAACAUGUGAUUGUGAUUUAGCUGGUACGCAGCCAGAAAUAUGUGACUCCCAUGGACGAUGCCUUUGUCGUUCUGAGGUAGAUGGCCAUCAGUGCAAUGUCUGUCGAACUGGGUAUCAUUCAUUCCCCUUCUGUCAAGCUUGUCGGUGUUCAGCUCAUGGCUCCUAUCACGACACGUGUGAUCCAGCCACAGGGCAGUGUGAGUGUCGACCAGGUAUCACAGGCCAGUGGUGUGACAGGUGUUUUUCACUCACCAACCAUUUUCCUCAUUGCCAAGGUGCCAGCAAGGAGUGUGACCCAGCUGGAACUAUGGAUUCUUAUUCUGACUAUUGCCAGUGUCUGCAAAAUGUAGAAGGCCCUGCCUGUAGCAUCUGUAAACCACUUUACUGGAAUCUGGCCAGAGAAAACCCUGAUGGAUGUAUAGAAUGCCAAUGCAGUGCAUUUGGGACACUGAGUGGAGUCAGAGAAUGUCAGCAGGUGGAUGGUGAAUGUUACUGCAAACCUAAUGCUUGUGGAGAUUCUUGUGAUACUUGUGAAGAUGGCUUUUAUGGUUUGGAAGCCAAGAACUAUCUUGGAUGUCAAGGAUGUGAAUGUGAUGUUGGAGGGGCUGUAAGUCAAGUGUGCAAUGAUCUGUCUGGCGACUGCCAGUGCAGAAGGCACAUAGUUGGAAAAACUUGCAAAGAGCCGGAAAAGAACUACUAUUUCCCAGAUUUACAUCACAUAAAAUAUGAAGUCGAAGAUGGGACUUCUCCUAAUGGAAGAGGAAUCCGAUUUGGUUAUGAUCCUCAAGAAUUUCCUGGUUUUAGUUGGAGAGGUUAUGCACAGAUGUCCUCAAUACAAAAUGAAGUGAGGAUAACUUUGAAUGUGGAGAAACCAAACCUCUCUUUAUUUCAUGUUAUAUUGAGGUAUAUAAAUCCUGGACCUGCAGUAAUAUCUGGUCACAUAAUUGCAUAUCAAACUCGUCCUCGGAAAGGGACUUACCAAAGCAAAGAUACUGUGUUCCCACCCAGCAGAGAACCGGCUUUUGUCACUGUCCCAGGAAAAAGCUUUGCAGAUCCAUUUUCAUUAGGACGGGGAACAUGGAUUAUUAGAAUCAUGGCUGAGGGAGUUCUUCUGGAUUACCUGGUGCUCUUACCUAGUGAUUACUAUGAAGCACCCCUCCUGCAGUUAUCAGUUACUGAGCCUUGCAGCUAUCCAGGCCAAGGCACAACAGAUAAUUGUUUACAGUAUGAGCAUUUGCCACUGGAUAGAUUUUGCUGUGUACUUGGAUCUGAAGUAACAUUUUUCUUGCAUGGAGGAGAAUACAGGAAAGUAGCUCACCAACAGCCAACAAUCAAACAUCCAGUAAUGCCACACAUCAGUGGUCAAGAGGUGGAGCUACAAAUGAAGCUAAAUGUCCCUGAAGCUGGUCGCUAUGUAGUAGUUCUUGAGUAUGCUAAUGAGCAUGACCAACUAUAUGUUGUUAGUGUGGAACUUAACAGACCCGAGCAAGUGACAGAAGGAAGAAUUAAUAUAUACAGUUGCAAAUAUAGCUUUCUGUGUCGCAGUGCUGUAAUCGAUGGCAUGAAUCGUGUUGCUGUUUAUGAUAUUUUGUCUGAUGCAAAGUUGUAUCUCAGGUCAUCAGCAAUAGAUUUUCUCCUGCACAAAGUUUGCAUUAUUCCAGUGGAAAAGUUUUCACUGGAGUAUGUGGAACCUCAACUAUAUUGCAUAGCAACAUAUGGCCGUUUAGCUGAUUCAAGUGCUUCAUGCAUUCCCUCACAGUAUGAAAUGCCUCCUUUUGCCAUGGUUUUGGAUGCUGUGAGGGAUGGGAAGGUUGCAGCUGUGCCAAGAAAUGUGACCUAUCAUGAUUCACGGAGUCCUCCUUCACUUCCUGCUCACACAGCUAAUGGAGUGACUUUGACUUCUUCACAGAACCAAAUCACUCUGAGUGGGAGAGUGAUGCAUUUGGGCAGAUAUGUAUUUGUUGUACAUUUUUACCAGCCAGAGAACCCAACAUUUCCAGUGGAUGUAACAGUGAAAGGAGGACAACACUGGUCUGGUUCCUAUAAUGCUUCAUUUUGUCCACACAUUUCUGGAUGCCGAGGUCUAGUGAUGGCAGAAAACCAAAUUGAACUUGACAUCACCGAACAUGGUGUCUCAGUAACGCUGCAAAUUCCAGAAGGGAAAACAGUAGUAUUGGAAAGUAUCCUGGUUAUUCCAGCAGAUAGCUACAAUUACAUACUUCUUCACAAAGAUACUGUGGACAAGUCAAUUGAUUUCAGAAACCAUUGUGGUGGAAAUAAUUUUUAUAUUAACCCUGUGACUUCCUCAGAAUUCUGUAGAAAUUCAGCCAGGUCACUUGUGGCAGCCUACAACGAUGGUGCACUGCCUUGCAAUUGCCACAAGAAUGGCGCCACCAGUCCUACUUGCAACCCUAUGGGAGGGCAAUGCAGCUGCAAACCAAACAUCAUUGGCCGCCGAUGUAGCAGGUGCCAAACAGGCUAUUAUGGAUUUCCAUUUUGCAAACCAUGCAGCUGUGGACGGCGCCUUUGUGAUGAUAUCACUGGAAAAUGUAUUUGUCCUCCUCAAACUGUAAAGCCAAGAUGUGAAGUGUGUGUGAGGCAACAUUUCGGCUACCAUCCCCUCACAGGCUGUGAGGGGUGCAACUGCUCAAGGAAAGGAGUAACAAAUACAAUGAAUCCUGAAUGUGAUAAAGUUAAUGGGCAAUGCAGAUGCCGUCCAGGUAUAUCAGGCCAGCGAUGUGAUCGGUGUGCUCCUGGUUCUUACGGCUUUCCAAACUGCAAACCCUGCAAAUGUAAUAGAGGAGGAACAGAACCAAAUGUUUGUGAUCCACAAACAGGAGUGUGCCUCUGUAAGGAGAAUGUGGAAGGUGUUCAGUGUGAUAUGUGCCGCUCUGGAUCAUUUUAUUUGGACUCUGCUAACCCAAAGGGUUGCACCAGUUGCUUCUGCUCCAGCGCAACCAAUGUUUGCCAUAGUACAAAUAAAAGCAAAAUUAAGUUUGUUGAUAUGAGGAACUGGCUUCUGGAAGCUGUGGAUAGUGGCAUGAAUAUCCCUGUCACUUUCAAUCCAAGCAGCAACAGUGUUGUUGCUGAUGUCCAAGAAUUGCCUCCCUCUGUGAGCAGCUUGUACUGGGUGGCACCAUCCUCUUACUUGGGAGAAAAGCUUUCCUCAUAUGGUGGCUACUUGACUUAUCAGGUCAAAUCCUUCGGAUUGCCAAGUGAAGGCAUGACUCUACUAGAAAAAAGACCUGAUGUGCAGCUAACUGGACAGCAAAUGAAAAUUAUCUACGUGGAUCCUAACAGUCCUUUGCCUGACAAACAUUAUUACGGAUCAGUUCAGCUCCUAGAGGGAAACUUCAGACAUGCAAGCAACAAUAGCUUGGUUUCUCGAGAAGAGCUGAUGAUAGUCCUGUCUAGACUUGAGGGAUUACGAAUCAGAGGCCUUUACUUCACAGAAUCUCAGCGGUUAAGUUUGGGCGAGGUUGGUCUGGAGGAAACCACCAAUACAGGAAAUGGCGAUGUUGCUUAUGCCGUAGAAAUUUGCUCCUGCCCUCCUGGAUAUAUGGGUGAUUCAUGUCAGAAAUGCAGCCCUGGAUUCUAUCGUGAGAACAGUGGUCUGUUCAGAGGACGAUGCCUUCCUUGCAAUUGUAAUGGAAACUCAGAUAGAUGCCUGGAUGGUUCUGGAAUUUGUGUUAACUGUCAGCAUGAUACUGUCGGUGAGAAGUGUGAGCGUUGCAAAGAAGGUUACUUUGGAGAUGCCAGUCAAGGAACCUGCAGGGUGUGCCGUUGCCCUUAUACAAACAGUUUUGCUUCUGGCUGUGUGGAAAAUAGUGGAGAUAUUCAAUGCUUCUGCAAAGAAGGCUAUACUGGAGUGCAUUGUGAAAGUUGUGCUCCUGGUUAUUUUGGAAAUCCACUGAAAUAUGGAGGAUACUGUCAGAAGUGUAACUGCCCUGAUAACAGUCAACUUCUGAACUGUGAUCGCCUGACUGGAGAAUGCAUAAACCAAGAACCAAAAGAUGAAAACCCUCAGGAAGAUUGUGACUCUUGUGAUAGCUGUGUAAUUACUUUGCUGAAGGACCUGAGUACGAUGGGGGAUGAGCUCCAUGUGAUUAAGUUUCAGAUGCAGAACCUGAACACCAGUGCUCAUGCACUAGGACAGAUAAGAACCCUUGAAGACCAGGUCAAACAGCUGAAGAUUCUCUUGAAUGGCUAUCGUGCUGUUGUUACAACUCAGGACUCAAAGGUGGAUGAACUAGAGACAGACUUCAUUGACCUUAAUCUAAAUGUUAAUGCCCUAAAAGAAAAGGUUGAAAAUAACUACAGGAGAGCGGAGACACUGUUCAAUAAUUUUAGCAAGACUAACCAAAGAGGGAAAGACUUGAUUUCAAAGAUACAAAAUAUUGUCAUUAAUAUUAAUGUUCUUCUCAAACAAGCAUCUGGUAACUCUGGAGAUGGAAUGCCUUUACCUUCAGGAGAUGCUGCCAAAGAGCAGGCCCAGGCUCAGCAAAUGGUGAAUGAGAUGAGAAGCCGCAAUUUUGCCCAACAGCUAACAGAAGCAGAAAGGGAGAAUGGAAGAGCCCAGAAUCUACUGGAGCGUGUAAAGAAUGAACUACAAAGCCACCAAGUGAAAAACCAGGAACUCAUUAAAACUAUAAGAGACUCAUUAAAUGGAUAUGAACUGAAACUCAGUGAUCUUCGUGAAUCUUUAGAAGAAGCAAAGGAACAAACCAAGAUGGCUGAAAGUUUAAAUGUAGAAAAUAAAGGCCUCUUUGAAGAUAUUAAGAAACGAACUGAGGAAAUGUCGAACCAACAAAAUGACAUCUUGGAUCUUCUGAAUUCUGCCGAAGCUUCAAUGUCUCAGGCAAACAAUGCGUUUGUAUUGCUGCAGAAAAGUAAAGAGGAAUAUGAACAUUUAGCUGCCCAGUUGGAUGGAGCAAGGAAGGAUCUCAAUGAAAAACUUCAGAGGCAUUCUUUAUCUGCCAACAAGGAACCUCUGGUGGUGAGAGCAGAAGAACAUGCCAAGUUUUUACAAGACUUGGCAAGAAAGCUGGAUGAGAUCAAAAAGAAUGUCAGCAAUGAUGAACUGGUUACCUGCUCUGUGGAAGCUGCUGGUGCUUACGACAACAUUAUUAAUGCCAUCAAUGCAGCAGAGGCGGCAGCAAACCGAGCAGCGAGUGCAGCGAAUUCAGCUUUAUCUACAAUGGAAAGAAAAGAUCUAGCUGGAAGGGCCAAGAGACUGAAGACCAGCAGUGGCAACCUGCUAGAUAAAGCACAGGCAGCACAAAAGACAUUACAGGAAAUCAAUCCAGCUCUUAAUGAUUUAAAGAGCCAACUUGAGGAUGUUGAGCAUAAGAAAAAUUUGAUACAAGGAAAUCUUACAGUCUUACAAAAUGGCCUCCAGGGGAUAAACAGAGAUGACAUAGACAGCAUAAUCACAAUUGCAAAUAACAUGGUGAAAAAUGCCAAUGAUAUUACUGCUAAUGUGCUUGAUGAACUGAACCCGAUUAGAGCAGAUGUAAAAAACAUUGAAGAUUUGUAUAGAACCACACAGAUUGCUGACUUCAACAGUGCUUUGAAAGAUGCAAACAGUACAGUAAACAAUUUAACAAAUAUCCUCCCGGAUCUGUUUAACAAGCUGACAAGCAUCAACCAACAAUUUACACCAAUAGGCAACAUAUCAGAGAAUAUAAAUCGCAUCAGAGAGCUCAUCCAACAAGCUAGAGAUGCUGCAAACAAGGUUGCCAUUCCCAUGAGGUUUAAUGGCAGUUCCGGGGUAGAGGUUCGAGCUCCUGACAUUCUUGAUGAUCUGAAAGGCUAUACUUCCCUUUCCUUGUUUCUUCAAAGACCUCUCCCAAGGUUGGACAGCCCACAAGAGACAUCAGACAUGUUUGUCAUGUAUUUGGGUGACAAAGAUAUUUCCAAAGACUAUAUAGGCAUGGCUGUUCGGGAUGGGCAUCUUAUUUGUGCCUAUAGCCUAGGAGGCAAUGAAGCUGAAAUAGAAGUGCCUGAAUCUGUGUAUCAGAGUGACACCAAAGAAGCAACUUUGGAUUUUGUGAGGUUUGAAAGAGUUUACCAGUAUGCUAAACUGCAUUAUACUAAAGCUGCAACCUCUGCUUCACCAUCCAGCCUAGGACCUUUUGAGGAAAGCAGUGGAAAUAGUCACACUCUCCUUAACCUGGAACCUGACAAUGUGGUCUUCUAUGUUGGAGGAUACCCACCGGAUUUUACACCUCCUCGUACACUGCAAUACCCUCAUUAUGAAGGCUGCAUUGAACUAGACAGCUUAAAUGAGAGAGUUUUCAGCCUGUACAAUUUCAAAAGAACAUUUAAUCUCAAUACUACUGAAGUGCAACCAUGCAGAAGAUACAAAGAACAAUCUCCUAAAAUCUAUUUUGAAGGCACAGGUUAUGCACAUGUUAAUGCUGUUCCACCAAAUAAACUUUAUAUACGGUAUGAGCAAACCAUUCAGACAACAUCAGAUGAAGGCUUGGUGUUUUUUGCAGAAAACGAGGACAAAUUCAUCAGUCUGAGGAUUGAAAAAGGUCAUCUAGUAUUCAGAUAUAAAGUUGACUCAAAGCCUCCAGAAGAAAUCAGAAGCAACACAGUCAUAAACAAUGGCAUGGAUCAACUAGUUGUUUUACACAUUGCUCUACAACAGUAUACUUUGAUAGAUAAGUCUAGAGUGCAAGCAAAUACAAGUACAUUUAACUUCAAUUCCUAUUACUUGGGGGGAAUCCCAACCUCUCUAAGAGAACGCUUCAGCAUAUCCACACCACCAUUUCGUGGAUGCAUGAUGAACUGGAGAACUUCAUUUGAGUCUUCUCCUACCUUCUCUGAGACAUUUGGUGUCAGCAGAAAAUGUCCUGAUGAUUGGAAGCUUGUGAGAACAGCAACAUUUUCAAAGAAUGGAGUACUUGGUUUAAGUGAUGAUGGUUUCCCAUUUCCCAAUGAUUUCCAAGUGGGAUUUGGCUUUCACACAUUGGCACCUGAUGGAACGUUGUUAAAUUACGACUUAAGGCCUGAUAUACUGACUGUUCUUCUGAGAAAUGGCUCUAUAACUGUAAGGAUAAGUGAUGAAGAAAGGCAGUCUAUCAAGAGAUAUGGAGAUGGUUCAAUGCACUAUGUGACAGUGAUGAAAGAAGGUGACACACUUAGGUUGCUGGUUGAUGACGUGCUUGAGUCAACAGUAGUUGAAACACGUCCAAUAGUUGGAAGGAAAACACUGAGUCGACCAAUAGACAUUGGUGGCCGUAAUUUUGAAGGUUGCAUUUCCAAUGUCUUUAUUCAAAGAUCAGGACAGUUUCCUCAGAUUCAAAAUCUAACAGAUUACAUUGAGAAGACUGAUGUGUCCUUGGGAUUCUGUAUGAUAAAGAAACAGUCACAGCUGAUGCUGCUGAAAGAAUUAACAGAUGAAUACAAGACAUUGAAGAGGAAAAGACCCAUUGCCAAUGUGACAGAUGCAAGUGUACAGCCGAGAAACAAGGACUGUCCUUUACAUACACCAUUAAAUUUUGUUACUGGAGCGUAUCACUUUGGCAAUACCCCUGGCACUAAUUUGUUGUUUAAACCUACCCAAGCAUCAUCAAGAGACUGGUCCCAUUUUUCUAUUGAUGUGCGUACAUUGUCAUCAAGAGGAUCAGUUUUCUUCAUGAGAGACAAGCUGGAAAACAGAUACAUAGCUCUUUACCUUUCAAAGGGACGUUAUGUAUUCUUACUUGCUGCUGAUGGGAAAAGAAUCAAAAUCAAGAGCAAAGCCAAAUACAAUGAUGGGCAAUGGCAUACAGUGUCAUUCAGCAAAACAGAAAAGAAAAUGCGUCUUGUUGUUGAUGGUUUGAAGGUUCAAGAAGCAAACAUACCACCUACCUUUUCUACUGUGGCUGAGUCACCAGUUUACUUAGGAGGGGUUCCUUCAUUGAACAUUCAGAACAUACCAAAAAAGAGCUUUGUGGGUUGCUUGAGAGACUUUAAUGUAGGAAGAAAACCUAUACAUGCUUACCAUCAGAACAAUGGUGUCCUCCCUUGCUUGGAUAAUGCUUUGGAGACUGGGGUUUCUUUCUUCAAUGAAGGAGGGCAUAUUGUCAUUGAAAAUGCUUUUUUGAUGACCCAGGACUAUAAAAUAGAAUUUAACAUUCGCCCAAGAAGCUUGAAUAGCAUUUUAAUCCAUACUGGCAGUGAACAAGGGAACUACUUAACGGUUUACACGGAUAAAGGAGUGCUCACUGCUUCUGGAAAUAAUGGUGCUGGAGAGUUCUUGACAUCAGUCACACCCCAGCAAUUUCUUUGUGAUGGAAAAUGGCACUUCAUAACAGUAACGUUGAAGCAGAACAUUGUGCUGCUUGAAGUAGAUACCAUAAGUAACUACACUACAAGGCCAUCAACUGUACUUUCCACCAACCAUGUUCAACCACUUUAUUUUGGGAGAAUUCCAGUUAAUAUGGAAACACCAUGGCUUCCUGUUCAGGAUAUGUUUCUUGGCUGUCUGAAGGAUGUUAAAAUCAAUGAGAAACCUGUCUUAAUAAGCAGACUUUCAGACAUUAAUGGUAUCGUCAGCCUGCAAGGGUGCCCUGUUAACUAAUGGCUUUCCAUGUUUCUUCCCAGGGUGAAACGUCCUAAUGUACUGUAUGACAAGCCAUGACAUGACUUUCUCAUCUCUUUGUAAUUCUUGCCAUUUGUAUACAAUGUGGUGUAAGGCUGUGCAUGAUUUUGAGAAUUGUGGACUUUGUUGCUGUUUUCAGAUGCUUUUCAUGCAAUGCUUUUCACUUUUCUGUGUGCAGUUUGGUUUGUAAGAAAGAGCCAUGAAGUACAGAGUGGUCUUGUAUAUAAUGUAAUUUGAUGAGAUUUGCAGGAGCUCCUGACCUGAAAAGUAUUGUGUAAAUUGGAAUUGGGAAAGCUUCAGAUUGCAAGCGGAAUCCAACCUUGACGUUGGAAUUUUAUAAAAACAGAAAAUGAUGUUGGGCUCCUCAACCAGUACUUUUUUAUACCAAAGUGUAUUACGUCAAUAACAGAAAUAAUAUAAACUGAGUAAGAAGCACUUUAAAAAGAGUAGAAUCCCACAGAUUACAGUUCUAAGAGUUCUAUGACAAAAUAAACACAAUUUGCUUUUUAAAAUUCUUUUGACCAUGUACUGUACGCACAUAUAGCAAUACAGUAUUUUAUGAGCAUUAAUGAAAAAGCUUGAAUGAUCAUGGAUACACGUUUUCAGUCCAAUAUCUCCCCCCCACCGGAAAAUGAAUAAAGUGUCCUUCAGUUGUGUAAUUGCUCUGAAUAAUAACAGAACCAGUUUUGAGAAAAUGGUUUGAUCCUCUCAUCCCUUAUCCUGAAAACUACAGAAUCUGCAGUUAGAAGCUUAGGGGGAAAAAAAA